UGCCGGAAGUCUUUCUACCCUCGACGCUUGGGAAGCAUCACACAUUUCUUAUACCGCGGUUCUUUUAGUCGGGAUCGCGUACUAUUGUUAUAUACUCUCAACCCCCAAAAGCACAUUUUCUUAUUCUUUUUUUCUGCAUCUUUAUGUUACUAUUUGAUAUUUUGAUUUUUUUAACAUAUUUGGCUAACUCUGAUUUGUUUCCGACCAUCUUCCUAUACCUACAACCUAGCUGCCUAUGUAACAAAACUUUUUCAAUUCUUACAAUAUUGAAACAUUUUACCCAUAGAGUAAUAGGAUCGACUCUUCUUUUUUACCCCCAAAUCAAAUCGACCUCUGUAACUAAACCCCACAUUCUCAAUUCUCACCAUAUAUAUAUCAAGCUUCUAUAAUCCCAGUUGUGGAAGCCUGGGCGGGCUCGUGUUGAAAAUGAGAUUAUUGGGUUGAAAUGAGUUUACUGGACUAAUUGGGAUUUUAGAUUUUGAUACCGUAGCGGUGGGAUAAGAUUGUUAGAGUCGAGCUUAUGGAUUUUAACUUGAAAUGCUCGUGCUUGUUAGUUUUAAUGUUGGUAUCGACGGCAUUUGCAAUUAGGAAAGAUAUUAGCUUUUUAGAGAUAUGCAGAACGACUGUUCAAGGGAGAUAUUUAAUAACUGAUCAUACGGGAUACGUAUGUGAUGCACUGUCACUAGAUCCUAGAUCACAUUGUUGCCGUGUAAAAAGAGAUCAGUACAGUUGUCAAGGCUGCAAUCUUGUUUCACAAUGCUGCAAAUCUUAUGAGUAUUGUGUUUCGUGCUGCUUAAAUCCUGAACGGACUCAUUUAGACCAGGUGUUGAAAGUUAGGAUAGCUAAACCGGUAACUGCAGGGACGUAUUCGAGUCUUUUUGAUUAUUGUGCUGGAAGGUGUCGGCAUAAUUCCGACAGUGUUGUUCAUGAAAACGCGUAUGUUAGUGAAUUUCAUCAUUGUUUUGCCCCGACAUCCAAUGUGUCGGCUGUAGUUAGUGAUCAACAGAUGGAAGUGAGAUUGGUUGGGAUUAACGUUAUUGUUGGUAAACAAGGGGAGUCAUGUGAUUCUGUUUGCAAGACAGUUGGGCAAUCGUGUGUUCCGAGUAAAUUUUCUCUUAUUAAUCAGUGUGAAAUUAUGCAAAAGUAUAUGAAAUGUAGAGGAUCAUGUCUUGCUAGCAUUGGCGCUGACCAACCUGCUGAAGUGGUUGAGGAUGCACCUAGAAAUCUGAAUCCGGGAGCAUGCUUAUAUACGAAAAGACCGUCAUUGUUUUCUUGUGAUGGAUCCCAUCAGCAUACAAGGAGGCUUUGCCCGUGUGCUUAGAACUUUUCCCAUUUACGAUCCACCUGACAGGGUUCGCCUACAUUUCCAUUACCCAUAUCAGGCAGCACAGAUAUUAUGCCUACAUGUCCAUUACCCAUACCAGGCAGCACAGAUAUUAUUACAGGUCCUUGUUUUCCCCUGCAUUGAAUUUUAAAGUUCUGGAUAGAACAGAUGAAAUGUGUUAGACUAGGCAUCAAAAUAUACCAAGAUUGGUUAAUAUCGUAUACCUGUCAUUAGCCUCUGUUUGGUUCUAACUUGAUGACCAAAGGGGAAGUUCAAGUAAACUUUUUUUUUAGUGAGAGAACUUUUUUUUUUU